UCAAUCUUCCUCAGUCUGCUCAGAAACAACUCAUAAAGACUGAGAGCGGCAGGCAGAGAGAGAGAGCCGGAGAGAGAGAGAGAAAGGAGCCGGGAGCGAUGGCCAGAAUCCUAUACCGCAGCUAACUUGUCGAGGCUUUAUUGUGUUGUCACUUGCUGGUGGUUCUGCUGGGACUGCUAACUGGGCAUUGCCAUGCCCGCGUUUGCCGUGGGCCUGCCCCGGAUUCCGAGCCGUAACAGAGCACGGUGGAUCUGCCUUUCCUGUGUGCUGUGGCCUGAAGAUCAUGAAGCUUCAAACUGUCACACCUUCAAAGCGAAGACUUUCAAGAAACUGAAGCCGUGUGCCGUCUGCAAACAGAUGAUCACUAAAGAUGGAACUGCGUGCCGUGUUUGCAAACUGACAUGUCACAGGAAGUGUGAACAGAAGGUCACAGCCUUGUGUGUCUCUCCGGUGAACUAUGAGCUGCCAUCCAGCACUAUUAUCCCACUGAACCAUGUAGAGAGGACUGGCUCCAACAGAUCGACCAAGAGCCUCCCAUCACGACACAGACCGUCCCGGAGUGUGAGCCUCUCUCAAAACAUGGAGGAGAGUUCUGACCUUGACCUGACCUACAUCACUGAGCGGAUCAUUUCGGUCUCCUACCCAGUGGGGGCAGAGGAGCAGAGUUUCCGUGCCAACCUGAGGGAGGUUGCACAGAUGCUGAUGUCUAAACAUGGCGAGAAUUAUCUUCUUUUUAACCUCUCUGAGCAACGCUAUGACAUCAGCAAACUCAACCCCAAGGUGGUGGAUUUUGGUUGGCCCGACCUCCAUGCCCCUCCACUGGACAAAAUCUGCAGCAUCUGUAAAGCCAUGGACACCUGGUUAAAUUCCGACCCUCAGCACGUGGUUGUCAUUCACAAUAAGGGAAACCGUGGUCGCACAGGAGUUGUCAUCGCUGCCUACAUGUAUUACAGCAACAUCUCGGCCAGUGCUGACCAAGCUUUGGAUCGAUUUGCCAUGAAGAAAUUCUACGAAGACAAGAUCCUUCCAGUUGGCCAGCCCUCCCAACGCAGGUAUGUGCAUUAUUUCAGUGGGCUGCUCUCUGGAACCAUCAAGAUGAACAACAAGCCUCUGUUCUUGCAUCACGUCAUCAUGCACGGAAUUCCUGACUUUGAGGCCAAAGGUGGAUGUCGGCCAUUCCUGAAGAUCUACCAAUCAAUGCAGCCUGUUUAUACGUCAGGAAUCUACAACAUUCCCGGAGAUGGACAGACUAGUAUCUGUAUAACCAUCGAGCCAGGCCUCAUGCUCAAGGGAGACAUACUGCUGAAAUGUUACCACAAAAAAUCCCAGAGCCCGAGCCGCGAAAUUGUGUUCCGUGUCCAAUUUCACACAUGUGCCAUCCAUGAUCUUGGUGUGGUUUUUGGCAAAGAUGAUCUGGAUGAUGCUUUUAAAGAUGACAGAUUCCCCGAAUAUUCCAAGGUGGAAUUCAUCUUCUCCUUUGGCCCUGAGAAAAUACAAGGGAUGGAGCACCUGGAGAAUGGCCCUAGCGUCUCUGUCGAUUAUAACACUGCUGACCCUUUGAUCCGCUGGGAUUCGUAUGAGAACUUCAACGCUCAGCGAGAGGACCAUCCAGAGGAUGUGGUGCACACCCAGGGCCCUUUGGACGGGAGUUUGUACGCCAAAGUAAAGAAGAAGGAUUCAACCGAUGGCACAGCCAAUCCAGUUACUGCCAACGGUAUUCCCUUACCGGGGGUGCCCAACCACAUUGAGCACACCCUCUCGGUGAGCAGUGAUUCAGGUAACUCCACCGCCUCUACCAAAACCGACAAGACUGACGAACCACCUGCCGCCAGUGUCCAGGGCAUCACGCCAGAGGAGCGGAGAGAACUUGCUCACCUGCUGAGUGGUUUCGGGCUGGACGGUGAGGUGCCCAUGCACACCCGGGCCGCUGGGCUGGCCGUCUCCACUGCGGCGCGCCACGUGCUGGUGCCUGCCCAGGUCCACGUCAACGGAGACCUGCCAUUGGCCAGUGCUGAGCGGGAAACAGACAUUCUGGACGAUGACCUGCCCAACCAUGACCUGAACAGUAUUGACAGCGUGGGGACCCUCUCUUCCUUUGACGGUGCCUACCCUUCAGCCACGGGGGAGGCAAACUACCGCGAGUCUCCCCCCAUGGACCGGACCGCGCUCGUGUCCAACGGUCCACCAUUAGGUUACACCAACAAACUUCAGCGAGGGGGUUACGGUGAGCCAGAGCUGGUGGAGUCGGGUUACACCAAGAACAUCCCAAGGAGCAGCAGCCUCAUACAGACCAACCAAACCCCAUCCCCGAGGGGUCACUUGGUUCCUGUCAUCUCCAGCCCUCAGCCAGUCACUUACACAAUGCCAAGCUGUGUCCAGCAACCUCAGACUGCCAUUGUUCAACCGUCCUACCCAACCGCACCGAACGCCAUGUACCGCUCGCAAUCAUUCAGUGCGCCUGACAGCUCCAGGCAUGAUCCAGUGCCCCAGACGCCAAUGCGCAGUACCAGCAGCAGAGACGCUGUGCAAAGAGGCCUGAGCAGCUGGCAGCAGCCGGACAGCUGGUCACCACCAUACCCACAGGCCAACGGACUACCUGACGGACCCAGUGGCGCUUUGAGAACCCAGAGCCCACAGCACAGCAGUUCCGAACCCACUCUGCAAAGCCAUAACAUCCCAGAGUUCCCAAGGAUGGCCUCUCAGCAGGAGAUUGAACAGUCCAUUGAGGCCCUCAACAUCCUCAUGCUAGACCUCGACCCUUCCUUGUCUCACGCACAAAGGUUUCAGAAUAAGCCUGCUCCACAUCUCCAUCCCCCUGACCAUCGGGACAGCACCCAGACAUCCUCCAACACUGCUAUAUCUGCUAAUCUGCAUACGCCAACCCAACCAUUGGCACGCACGGCUGACCUAACUUAUCAGGGCUCACCAGGACAAGAUCAGAGACACGUGGACAAUGGCCCACAGAGUGCCUUCCCCCCUCAAGAGCAACAGUAUAACCCUGGCAGUGCCUAUUACCCAAACUAUGGCCACCUCAGCCAGCCGACACAGCCAGCUAGCACCACAGUCACAAGCUAUGGCCGAGGUCUCAGCACCAAAUCAUCAUCUCUGGAUCCAUCAUUCACUCCUUACAGUGGACCCACUUCCCCAUCCUACUCCAUGCCACAGGCUCCAGUCAAGUCUGCCAGCUUUGAUGGCAUCGCGAGGAUGCCUGAGGAAGAACAUUAUAACCUGGAGGGACUGGUGGCUCAGCGGGUGGCAGAAUACAACGCUCGGAUCCAGGGAAUUAACCACAACAUCAGCCUUUCUCCAUCUUACCAGCGUCAGAGAUCUCACACUUUCUCUGGAAUACGGUCCCGGGCCACAAGCCCUGAGGGGAUGGGGCCUAGCGCGAGACGCAGAACAGCCAGCGAGGGACAGUAUGAGAACGGUGGAGAGAGUGGCCCCCAGAGCCCGACCGUGCGUUCCCCAGUCCGCUGCGUCUCCCCCGAACUUGCCAGCUCCAUUGCUGCGAACCCAGGAGGACACCCCCGCGAGCCAAACAUGCACAGCUACAGAGAAGCUUUCGAGGAAAUGGAUGGAGCACCAAUCAGCCCCACCAGUGGAGCUGCCCGCUCCCCCCCAGGACUAGCCAAGACCCCACUCUCUGCCCUGGGCCUGAAACCGCACAAUCCAGCUGAUGUACUUCUCCAGUCGGCUGCUCUUGGACAAGAGCCCAGGAGUUACGUGGAGUCUGUGGUGAGGACAGCAGCUGUCGGGGCAAGAGAUCUGCGGGCUCCUUCUCCGCCAUCGCAGAGCUAUACAGUGGAAGCCCCGAGCGGCAGCGUACCCUGUGACACAUCGUUCACAUCCCACAGCCCCAUUUCAAGCAGUAGCCCCUUUGCCGGCAUGGAGAGCUCCUUCAUCGUCAACUCUUCACCAGGAGAUACCAAUGGACAUGGAGUCAGUACAGCCCACCCAUCUCUGGAUUCUAGUUUGAGAUCGGCCAGUUUUUCCCAGCCAUCCUACACAGAGAGUAGCUAUUUUAACAACAGCCCAUCUAACCAGUCUGCCCUAGGAACAGGCAGCUCCUCAGGAAGCUUUGUGAUGGCACCAGAGUCUUCCCUAAGCCCAGGAGCACCUCCUCAGGACAGGGCAGCAACUCUGAGCUCCCAGCCCCUACACAGGACAGUAGCCACCAACACCCCACCAAGCCCAUCCCUAGGCAGGAGGAUAAUGAGUCCCGGAGCUCCGGGAAGUCCGGGAAUGACCAGGCACCAAGGGAGUGCUCACGGAGUUGGACCUGGCACCUCCAGUAGCCCCAUCCUGUCCCGAUAUCCAGGUAUUCUCAGUGCUAGUGCCCCUGUCACUCCCAGCAGUCCCAUCACAGAGCCAUAUGGAUUCUCGAGUCCGACAGCACAGCUGGAUCAGCAGUAUCCCACCCUGUCAUACCAGGCCAGCUCUACAGGAUACAUCUCACCAGGAACGCCAGCAUUCCCCGUCUCACCAGCCUACUAUAACUCCAGCAGCCCGGUGCCAGCUUCCGCCCCUAGCCACACAGUGCCCAGUGGCUCCUCACCUUCUCGAAGCUACAUGGCCGUUGGCCCCCAGCCUGCUCUGCCAGAGAAGAGGAGAAUGUCGAGUGGGGACCAUGGUCACAGUACGGCUAACUAUGCCACUGUCAAUGGCAAGACCACCACGAAUGUGCCGAGCGGGAGCACGAGUCACACCGUUGGGAGCACACCGAGCGUAGCCUUUUCACACACUCUUCCCGACUUCUCCAAACUCUCACUGCACGAUGGUAGCCCUGAAACAAGAGCGCACGUCAAGUUCGUUCAGGACACGUCAAAGUACUGGUACAAACCAGAUAUCUCCCGAGAGCAAGCGAUUGGCCUGCUCAGAGACCGUGACCCUGGCGCCUUCAUCAUCCGGGACAGCCAUUCAUUCCGCGGGGCAUACGGCCUGGCGAUUAAAGUCUCCACGCCCCCCCCGACCAUCGCCCAGCAAAGUAAGAAAGGUGAUGUCACCAAUGAGCUGGUGCGACAUUUCCUCAUUGAGACCAGUGCGAAGGGGGUAAAGCUGAAGGGCUGUCCCAAUGAACCAUACUUCGGGAGUUUGUCUGCUCUGGUUUAUCAACAUUCGAUAACUCCACUAGCCCUGCCCUGCAAACUUGUAAUCCCGAACCAUGAUCCAGUGGAUAAAACCCCUGAACCAGCUGUGUCAUCAAACUCUCCAUCAGAGCUGCUGAAACAGGGUGCAGCAUGUAACGUGCUGUUUGUGAAUUCCGUGGACAUGGAGUCACUGACCGGGCCCCAGGCCAUUACCAAGGCCAUCUCGGAGACGCUGGGAGCCCCCGCGCAGCCAGUCGCUACAGUCGUCCAUUUCAAAGUGUCCUCUCAGGGAAUCACCCUGACUGACAACCAGAGGAAGCUAUUCUUCCGCCGUCACUAUCCCAUCAGCAGUGUUACAUUCUGUGACCUCGACCCCCAAGAGAGAAGGUGGACAAAGACUGAUGGAGGGGCCUCAAAGUUGUUUGGAUUUGUCGCCCGGAAACAGGGAAGUGUCACGGAUAAUGUGUGUCACCUCUUCGCCGAGAUGGACUCCAACCAACCUGCAACAGCCAUUGUUAACUUUGUCUCGAAGGUCAUGAUUGGCUGCCAGAAGAGAUGAGCCUGACACUUUCGCUUCCUUUCAGAAAUACGAAAGAACACAGAAACAAUUGUAUGGGCAAGGAGAGGAGAAGGACUUGGAAAGGAGAGGGUGUCAGCGGAAGUGACAGAUGGCGAUGGGCUUUG